UGUGCCCGUGGCUCCAGAGGUGCACCGUACUCCCAGAGAAAUCCCAAGAUUCUGACACAAUGAGAAAACAUCUGGGUGGAUGCUGGUUGGCCAUUGUCUGUGUCCUGCUCUUCAGCCAGCUGUCCUCAGUCAAGGCGAGAGGCAUUAAGCACAGAAUCAAGUGGAACCGGAAGGCCUUGCCAAGUACAUCCCAGGUCACGGAGGUCCACACUGCAGAGAUCCGCCCAGGGGCCUUCAUCAAGCAAGGCCGAAAGCUGGAUAUCGACUUCGGAGCUGAGGGCAAUAGGUACUACGAGGCCAACUAUUGGCAGUUCCCUGAUGGGAUCCAUUACAAUGGCUGCUCUGAGGCCAACGUCACCAAGGAGAAGUUUGUCACCAGCUGCAUCAAUGCCACCCAGGCGGUGAACCAGGAGGAACUGUCCCACGAGAAACAAGACAACAAGCUUUACCAGCGGGUCCUGUGGCGGCUGAUCAGGGAGCUCUGCUCCAUAAAGCAGUGUGAUUUUUGGUUGGAAAGGGGAGCAGGACUUCAGGUCACUCUGGACCAGCCCAUGAUGCUCUGCCUGCUGUUUUUCAUCUGGUUUAUUGUGAAGUAA